GUCGUCGCCAGCCCAGUAAACAAUCACAACUUGAGCGCUUCAGUACCACAACCAAAUCCAGAUCGUUCCCAUCCGGAGAUGUCGCCACUUCUGCGCCAACUGGUCAUCCACGCCGGACUGCUGAUCCUGUUCGCCUGCUGGCUACACGCCCUGGAGCUGCAGCUUCACGAGCAGCAGUUGCAGCACCAGAUCGACGAGCAGCUGCGGAUGCGAGAGGAGCAACGCCAGCGGGAGCUGCAGCGGGAGAUGGUCAUUCAGCAGAGCCGACUCUCCUCCACAUCCACCACCCGAAAGCCGUACAUCAUUCCGCACGGCUUGUCAUUGCCAAGACGGGGAGAGCAUCCGGACAAGUGUUUCCGGGAAGUGCCCGCCGUGUUCUUCCAGUACGACAAGGAAGUGAAAAUCGUGGGCAACAGCACAACAAAUCCUUACUUCAACGUGAUCGAGGUGUGUUGCAAAGGUUGGCGGCGCUACGAGUACGACUGGAGCAAGUGCGUCCCCGACUGCGGAGAUCGCUGCCAAGAGAACGGAUUCUGCCUGGCCGGUGGCAUUUGCCAGUGCUUUACGGACUUUGUUUUAAAUUACCGCAACAACUGUGUGCCCACGUGUCCGCUGGGAUGCCCUCACGGACGAUGUUUCCUCAACGGCACCUGCCUUUGCGAUCGGGGCUACGAGCUCGACGGAUCGCGACGCUUCUGCCAGCCACAGUGCAACACGACCUGUGGCCACAACGAGAUCUGUCUAGAGCCGGGCAAGUGUGAGUGCGCCGAGGGCUAUGCCCGGGGCCUCCGGGAGUCUUCGGCCUUGGGCUGCCAGCCCGUUUGCAUACCGGACUGUGGAUACGGCCACUGCGUGGGCCCCAACCAGUGCGAAUGCUUCCCGGGAUUUCAAAAGCGCGCCAAUGGCACCUCCUGCGAGAGCAUUUGCUACAAGCGUUGUGAGAACGGCUUCUGUGCCAAUCUGACGACGUGCGUUUGCCAAAAUGGAUAUCGCUACGACGAGAAUACCACCAGCUGCCUGCCGGACUGCGGAGACUUUUGCGAUAACGGAAUCUGUAUUACGCCGGGAAAUUGCCGUUGUUUCAACGGAUACGUCCGGAACCGAGAGAAGUGCGAGGCUGUAUGCGAUCGCGGAUGUGGCUACUACGGAAAAUGCAUUGCCCCCAAUAUGUGCGGAUGCGCCGUGGUCCCCGGACCGGACCGUACCUAUCAAAAGUGUGAAUUCGGACUGUGCGAUUCCCAGGGACGCUGUCGAUGUGAGCCCGGCAAGACAAGGUUCAUUGACAAGUGCAUGUCGCCCGACACGGUUACGACAUACGCCUCGAUGAACCCCAUCCGGGUGAACACUUCCCUCAUCCAUGAAUUUGACCUACUCCUGGGCCGACACUUCAGAUUGGGCGGCUCUGAAAACGUGCACAGUUCCAUGUGGUGGCUAUCCAACGACAUCACCAGCAUGAGGUCAUCAAAUCAGAUGCUGAUUCUCGCAGCUCUGAUGGCCAUCUGUGCCUCCGGCCAGGGCCAGUUCAAGACGGCUGGCAUUAAGACCCGUCAGCCACCAUCUGGCAAUCUCCAGCUUUCCGGCAAUUCGAGCGAUUACGGGUGGAGUAGCUACAACCAGACCAGCUACGGAUGGAACCACCAAAACCAAAGCACCUACAACUGGCAGUCCCAGAACCACGUCAGCCAGGGAUCGGCGGGUUUUGUGCCGGCGGAGACCUACCAGUCCUCCACCCUGCCGCCCCUCUACGGUCACUAUGUCCAGCCCAUUAGUCCUUCAGUUACCCGUGCCCCCCAGAUCUUGGAUGAAACGGCUUUGUUCAUCAACAAAACCCGCUCGGCCAUGGCCAGUGGAAUCUGCUUCAGGGAAGUUCCCACUGCCUCCCUUCUUCGCAACUCCCGAGACAAGUUCGUCGGCAACGGCACCACUCCCGACAUGAGUCGCAUCGAAGUGUGUUGCGACGGCUACGAAAGGAAUCCCCACAUCUACCGCCGCUGCGAGCCAAUCUGCGCCGACGACUGCCCCAACGGGAUCUGCACGGCGCCGAACACCUGCGUCUGCAUUCCCGGCCAUGUCCGGACCACCGAGGGAAAGUGCAUCUCCACCUGCCCCCUGGGUUGUGGCAACGGGGUGUGCGACGAACGGAACGAGUGCCAGUGUCGCGAGGGAUAUGUCCUGGAACAGGUGACCCAUAAGUACUGUCAGCCGGAGUGCAAGCCGGGCUGUGCCUUCGGACACUGUGUGGCCCCCAACAAAUGCGCCUGCUUGCAGGGCUACCGCCAGGCGGCGGACGGAAGCUGCGAGCCGGUGUGCGAUAGCUGUGAGAACGGAAAGUGCACGGCCCCCGGUCAGUGCAGCUGCAACAUAGGCUACCAAAAGAUAGAUGGACGCUGCGAGCCCGUAUGCACCAUACCCUGCAAGAACGGACGCUGCAUUGGCCCGGAUGUGUGCGAAUGCGCCACCGGCUUCGAGUGGGAUCGUAAGACCGCCGAAUGCCAGCCCAAGUGCGACAUCCCCUGUCUCAAUGGAAUCUGUGUGGGAAAUAACCAGUGCGACUGCAAGCCCGGCUACAUUAAGGACACUAUUCAGCGGAACAUAUGUCAGCCCCACUGCCCCCUGGGAUGCCAAAAUGGAUUCUGCAGUGCCCCGAACUUCUGCAUCUGCCGUCCCGGCUUCAUCAAGAGCGGCAUCAAAGGCCGCCAGACCUGCCAGGCCCUCUAAAUCAAAAAAUGCAAUCAAUUAUAAUUAUAUAUUGUCUUAAACAAGAUUAAAGAGGCGUCCGAUCAAAGCAUUAAACUCGUGACCCAACUGUAGGUUGAAA